GAGCGGGGCGCCUGCAGCGCCCGCACGCGUGCGGGGUCCGUGGCGUGGCUCAGGGCAGGGACAGCGCUCGGGCAGCGCCUGUCCGGCACCGCCGCCCUCAGCACCUCGCCUUCCUCCUGCUCCUUCGCUGCUGCUGCUCUUGUUGUGCCUGAAACAGCUGCACCGAAAGGACCGCCAAGUCUAGUCUGUUUCAUAAAGCUUCCGAUUUUUAAGCAGUGUUUUGGUUUAUUUCAACGCACUUUUUUUCCCUUUGGCCGUUAAGAUCAAUCAUGUUUAAGUGUUUGUCAAAAAAAACAUGUUACUGGUGUUAUUCUAAGUUGGCCCAGUCCUUGCCUGCCGGUGAAGCAGCUUCCCUUUGGGAGAGCACCUGUGCAGAAUGUUUUUUUAGACAAGUGGUGAAAAUUUCUCAGUGUGCAUGUAGGUUCCCUCCUGUCCCCUUUCUCUGCGAGAACGGCGGGUUGGUGCACAUGCAUUCACUUGCUUUUUGGUUUUUGUUAGUCCUCAAGCUCUGGGGAUGAGGCUCUGAGGGACAAACGUGCUCGGAUCCUGUCACGAGGGCUGCCAAAGCAGAAGCCCAUAGAAGGAGUUAAGCAGGUGGUGGUUGUGGCUUCUGGAAAAGGGGGAGUUGGGAAAUCGACAACAGCAGUAAAUAUAGCCCUCGCCCUAGCAGCAAAUGAUUCGGCAAAAGAAGUUGGUUUACUUGAUGCAGACAUAUAUGGACCUUCAAUUCCAAAGAUGAUGAACUUAAAAGGAAACCCAGAAUUAACACCAAAAAAUCUAAUGAGACCACUUAAGAACUAUGGAAUCGCAUGCAUGUCUAUGGGUUUCUUGAUAGAAGAGACUGCCCCGGUUGUAUGGAGAGGGCUCAUGGUAAUGUCAGCUGUUGAAAAAUUGUUGAGACAGGUUGACUGGGGCCAACUGGACUAUUUAGUGAUUGACAUGCCACCUGGGACUGGAGACGUACAGCUGUCAGUAUCACAGAAUAUUCCAAUUGCAGGAGCUGUCAUUGUCUCCACCCCACAAGAUGUGGCUUUACUGGAUGCACACAAAGGAGCUGAAAUGUUUAGAAAAGUCCAUGUACCUGUUUUAGGACUGGUUCAAAAUAUGAGUGUUUUCCAAUGUCCCAAAUGUAAGCAUGAGACACAUAUUUUUGGAACUGAUGGCGUAAGAGAUCUGGCAAAAACCCUUGGACUGGAUAUUUUGGGAGAUGUUCCACUGCACAUUAAUAUACGGGAGACGUGUGAUUCAGGACAGCCUGUUGUGAUCUCUCAGCCUCAAAGUGAUGCUGCUAAAGCCUAUCUAAAGAUAGCUAUGGAAAUAUUAAGAAGACUACCAGUCCCUCCUGCUUGAAGCAUUUACCACUGAAGUUUAGCAAAAAAGUGAUCUUUGAUGAAGCCAGUGCAGAAGAGUCCUGCUACCUAGUUACAUGGAGGCCAUAUGUUAGUUCUAAGAACUUCUUCAGGAAUUAAUUUACCAGGAGUUAAAUGAUGAUUGUGAUAUUUACUGUUUUUUACAUCAUUUUUUGGCUAUGUCCAAAAGGAUUCAAGUAUGCAAAUGGUGAUACAGUAUUUAACUGCUGAAUUAUAUCAUCAAGCAAGAAGGGAUGAAGUACAUUUUUUCCAUGUGCCAUGUUUUAAAGUCAAGAAUGAAAAACAGCCUCUCCAUGCAAGGAUAACAAUGGUAUCCCAAGACAUAAAUUUAAUUUUUAAGCAGGAUUUUCAGUACUCUAAUUUCCUUCAGUUUUUGUUCAGAUUUUUACAUGGUUAGCUAUCAAACUGUCCUUAAGUUCUGCAAGAUUUUAAGAAGCAAAAUAAGUUCUUUCACUGCUGUACUUUUCUGUAUUCAUCUUAAAAGAGGAUUAAAAAAUUCCACAUAUACUCUGUAGAGUUCUUAUGAUGGAUGAUAAACAAAUUCAUUCAUUAUUGGAUAAAGUUCGAUCGGGAGGCAAUUCACAGUUUAGUGGAGAAAGGAUUACGUGACCCUGAGGCUUAUUUCUCCACUGUUUUACAGUAUAAUGAACCCAGACAGAAGACAAGGUAACAGAGGUCUUCACUGAAAACCAGAUGUUUUUCCUUAGCUCAGUUUGCCACGGAAUGCAAAUGAUCAAGAUAAAUUUAUGAUUGCAUAUUUCUACUACAGUGCAGCAACUUGGAAGUUGAAUAUAAAGAUAUAUUUUUGAAGUAAAGAAAUAUUUGGUCUUCAAA